UGACAAGCAGUCCAAUUAAUGAGCAGUUUUAAUUAGGUGAGCAGGCGCUCCUAGUAGCUUCGAUGAACCGUCCAACAAACUCCAUGAGCAUUCAUUAUUUGAUGUAUGGAUCGUCGUCGAGACAUUAAGCAGAGUGAGAGAGCUAUUAUCGCGAUGAUGGUGUCGUGCAAGCAGGUGUCGUGCGCCGAGGACGCCGUGCAGGUCAGGCGGCGGACUCAUGCCCGGAGUUGCUACGGGCCGGCGUCCGACGCCGAGUUCUUGCGCUCCAUCGCCGACAAGACGCCCGGGAGGGACAGCGACGCAGCCCAGCGGAGGCGGCGCCAAGAGUACCUCAAGAGCUACGUCUUUGCCAAGGAUGAGGCGGAGGCGGCCGAGGCCAGGGCCAGCCGAGGAGGUCUCGUCGACGCCGUGCUGCUCCGGCGCCGCAAGACGGACGACGACAACAUGGCAGUCGGCGCAACCUGCAGCAGCAAGCAGACCGAUAGAUGGAAAGCGAAAGCAGGCAAGCUUCCUCCUUCCUCAGCGGCGAAGCUUUGAACAAAUUAGAGGGUGUGCACUUAGCUUGUGGAUGCAUAGAUCGAGUUUAGUUGCAUGGAGUUUAGUCAUAUAUUAGGGUGCGUAAAUGGAGGAGUACAUGUAAACACCAAGAUUUCGAUGCUAUGUGGUGCCACAUCAAAAGGUAUAGACCUAAUAAGUGGCACAAAUUAACAAGUUCAAGUGCUAGAUUUCGAUUUUGCGAGUUUAUGGACCUAAAUGGCACCUCGGGAUAAUUGUUCAAGGGCCGCUGGUGUAUUUAAUUCGGUGUAUUUUUAUGAUUCGGAUUUUUUGUCAAAUAGGAGUAAGGUUGAACCUGCAAUGGUAUUUGGAGGCUUGGGAGCUGCAGUGGUUAAUGAUUAUGGCAGUGCGUGAAGGCUGAAUGAAGACUUGCAGAUAGUAUACAACUGGAUUACUUGUUCCUCUUUAGAUUUGGAUAUGCAGUGUGACAAUCCACUUAGUAUAUGUAACAAUUGUCAUCAGAUUUUUUUGUUUAGCUAUUGCAAACCUACCAGAGUAUAUAUGUAAUGAUUUUCAUUUUUUUUGUUUAGCUACAUGUGUACCAGCAUACCCGAGAGGCAUCUAUUAAUCAAACUAUGUCUUCCUUUGAUA